AUGGCACACAGAAAAAUGGAGAUGGUUUUGGUUUUGGUCGUAAUGGCAAUGAUGUGGGCAGGAGCUACCGCUCAAUCGAGUUGCACAAAUGUGUUAGUCAGCCUGUCACCCUGCCUUAACUACAUCACAGGGAAUUCAUCAACCCCAUCUUCAGGAUGUUGUUCACAGCUUACCAGUGUGGUACGCUCACAACCACAAUGCCUGUGUCAAGUUCUAGGCGGGGGCGCAUCGUCACUGGGGAUCAACAUCAACCAAACCCAGGCUCUGACCUUGCCUGCUGCUUGCAAGGUGCAGACCCCACCCACCAGUCAGUGUAAUAAAGCUGCUUCUCCAGCAAACUCACCAGCAGGAACAGCGGCAGAGUCUCCAAAUUCAGUUCCAUCAGGAACCGGAUCCAAAACUAUACCCACAACUGGUGAAGGCUCAUCCAGUGGGAAUUCCAUCAAGUUAUCGAUUCCUCUGUUCCUUAUUUUGGCAGCAACAUACGCUUCAACUUUCAGAACAUACUGA